AAAAGCGGGUAUAUAUUAUCUUAUAUCUCCAUUUCAGUAGCCGUGACUGGCAUAAAGAUUGUAUAAAUGGAAGGCAAAGUUGCAUUGAAAAAAUUGCUGCAAGUUCAGAAAAGGCUAUGUGAUAAUAGUACAGAUGCACUGAACGGGACUGAGGACCCAUCCAUUAAAAAUACUUUAGGAUCUAAUUUUCUCAGUUUGAGCAUGAGUAACACGGAGCCUUUCCAAAAUCAGGAGCAGCAGACACAGAAUCAAUUGGGCUUGCUGCGAAUUAAGCUAGAGGAGGUGGAGAAGGAGAAUCAGAAUUUAAAAUCUAUGCUAAAUCAGAUCACUGAACACUACGCAGUUCUUCAGAAUCAGUUAGUGUUGGCGAUGCAGAAGAAAAAACUAUCUAAUAAUGAGGACAUGCAGAAGGACAAGAAGCAAGAUGAAAUGGAGAAACCAGCGUUAGCCCCGGGGCAGUUCCUAAAUACCGGUAGCAUCAAUAACCAAAUAACAUCACAAGAAGAAAAAAUCGUAGUAGAACAAGCCUUUGAGACUUCUUGCAGGAAAACUAGAGUGUCCAUAAGGGCACGAUCAGAUUUGCCUUCGAUGAGUGAUGGGUGUCAAUGGAGAAAAUAUGGACAAAAGAUAGCAAAGGGUAACCCUUGGCCCCGUGCCUACUAUCGUUGCAACAUGGGAACAGCAUGCCCAGUUCGCAAGCAGGUUCAAAGGUGUGCUGUGGAUGAGACUGUUCUCAUUACAACCUAUGAGGGGAAUCAUAAUCAUUCACUCCCACCAGAAGCAAGAUCCAUAGCAAGCACAACAUCUGCAGCAUUGGACAUGUUCCUUUCUGGCUCUGCCACAAGUUCAAAUGGCAGCACUCUAUCAAAUUCAGAUCUUUUUUCUUCACUAUCUAGUUCUACCUCCACUGGCUUGGCUACCUUCUAUCCAUCUGCAUCAUGUCCUACUGUAACAUUGGACUUAACUGAACCCUCUAAUAACAACUUGAAAUUUCCAAGGGCUAUUACUUCAAACCAUUGGCAACCUUUUCCUCUCUCAUAUCGAGGAUACGCUCAACAAUCUGCGCUUCCAACCUCAGAGAAAAGCCUUAACUUGGUGGAUGUUGUCAGUGCUGCUAUAAGCAAGGAUCCUUCUAUUAAAGCAGCAUUAGAUGCAGCUAUUUCCUCACUCACUGGAGGCACUCAGAACUCCAAUAAUUACUACCAACUUAGUAGGAGUGAUCAUGACCCCUCUUCUAAGGAGUCUGAAGUAAUAAAGCAUCAACCCUGCACUACAGAUGAAUUAAUUUAGAGUUGAAAAUAAUUGUCAAGAGAUUAAUAAAUUAAACAUCAUGUCAACUAGUUUGACUUGAUUGCCAGCAGAGGAGAAAAAUACGUUUUUUAUACAGUAGGUUUAAUGAGAAAAUUCAUGUUAAUAAUAAUAUAUGAGUUGGUACUUGAGUUCAUAAGGAUAAUAUUAUG